GUCUCUUCUCCCGACGUCCAGUAACGUUUCAAAUUCCGGCAGUUUUGGGUGUCAAGCGUCGUCGGGAGCGGAAGCACUUGCGAUUUAGGCUUAAUCAUAAGCUGUUAGACUGGACUCUACUACUACAGCAAGAGUAGAGAGUCGAACCGUGGGAGAAGUGAAGAAAGAAAGAAAUCGACCACUUUCCCCUUUUACCUCGUUUCAACCCAUAACCUCAUCUCUUCUUCUUGCUUCCGCCAGUUCAGUCCAAGCUUCUAAAACCUAGAAAGGAAGUUGAUUCUCAGCUAUGGAGCGAGAGAAAGAUGCUUUCUAUGUUGUAAGAAAAGGCGGCAUGAUCGGGAUCUACAAGAGCUUCCCUGACUGCCUCGCUCAAGCCGGUUAUUCUGUUUCCGAUCCUUCAGUGAGUGUGUUCAAAGGAUAUGGUUUGCCCAGAGAUGCUGAGGAUUACCUUGCAUCACUUGGGCUUAGAAAUGCUGCUUACUCUGUCAGUGCCACCGAUGUUAAGGCUGAUCUCUUUGGGAAACUUGAGCCUUGCCGCAUCCAGCCGCCAGCUUCAAACAAGGGGUCUUCUUCAGAGCGCUAUCCGGAAACGCCCACUGUACAUAGGUGUGGAGUGGCUAUAGUCACGGAAACCUCCCCAAACAUGUAUCCAAAAUUACAGAAUGAUGGAAGCAGUAACCCAGUUCCAACCAGCUCAUCGCCAGCGAUCAUUUAUUUUGAUGGUGCAUCAAAAGGGAAUCCUGGACCAGCUGGUGCAGGAGCUGUUUUGUGUUCCCCUGAUGGAAGAAUGGUAUGGCGUUUCUCUGAAGGUGUGGGGCUUGCAACGAACAAUGUUGCUGAAUAUCGAGGUGUGAUUCUGGGAAUGAAGCAAGCACUCAAAAAAGGGUUUAGAGACAUUAGUGUACAGGGGGAUUCUAAUCUUGUCUGUAUGCAGAUUCAGGGCAUAUGGAAGUUAAAAAACCAGAACAUAAUUGCAUUGGGAAACGAGGCAAAAGCGCUCAAGGAAAAGUUCCGUACUUUUGAGAUCAGGCAUAUUCUGAGGGAAUUCAAUUCUGAAGCUGAUGCACUAGCAAACCAGGCUGUUCAGCUCAGGGAUGGGCAAGUACACGAGGCUUUGAUCACCAAGUAGUUUGACACCAUUUGAGGUUGGAGUAAAGGGUCAAAAUUUCAGCUCCAGGCCAGGAAGGGGUAGGGAUAGAAAUGACUUCAGUGCAGCAACUUGUUUAUAUGUUUUUGCUUAGCUAUUGGGCUUCUUGAAGCUAGAUAUCACAUUGCAGCUUCCAAUGUUGAUAAUAUAACCUGUUAGCAAUUGAAAUGGACGGCUCUGAUGUAAGCUCCUUUAUGAUCCCUUCAUUCUCAACCUACCUUUUCGUUUCGGCUGUAUUACAGGAAUGGUCACUGAACUUUGGGGUCACUAAUGAAUCAGUCGAUUAACUAUAGUUGACACAUAAGAGUUGACUGCCACAUAGGAUAAAGAUAACGGAAUUGG